AUGGUGAUUCUUAUUCUUAGCCUUCUUAUGGCUUCACUAGUGAGUGCUAAUUUAGAAGGGGAUAUUCUAAUUGAUCAAAGGGCAGCAUGGCAAGACCCAAACAAUGUCUUACAGGGCUGGGAUGCUACCUUGCUCAAUCCAUGCACCUGGCUUCAUGUCACUUGCAACAUUGACAACCAAGUUACUAGGCUGGAUUUAGGAAAUGCAAGUAUCUCUGGACCUCUUAUCCCUCAGUUGGGAAUGUUGGCAAAACUCCAAUACUUGGAGCUCCAGGAGAAUAAGAUUAGUGGAUCAAUACCAGCUUCAUUGGGCAACUUAACUGGUCUUGUGAGUUUGGAUCUCUACAUGAAUCAAUUAAGUGGACCAAUUCCUUCUUCUUUUGCCAACCUCAACUCCCUUCAGUAUUUGAGAUUAAAUGAGAAUAACCUCUCGGGCAUUAUCCCAAGUGAAGUCAGAGAUCUUGUUUUCUUUGGUAGCUUGGUGCAAUUGAAUCUUUCUGGCAACUCAUUUAUGGGGGGAAUUAGAAACUCUCAUCAAAGAGUAAUUACAGUCUCCCUGGAUUGAUUAAUUAGAUGGCUCUUCAGUCUCCACAAGAUUGUCAAGUAAUCAAUAAAGAGGUUCAUGUAUUUUUAUCUCAAAAUGAAUAAUUGGAUGUAUUUGGAAACAAACAAUAGCUUAAAAGCAUUAUUGAAAGCAU